CGCAGAAACACAAGUUACUUAGUGAAAGUGUGGUGUGUUUCAGAGUCGAAUAUGGCGAUCUCAGAUUGUUACAGAGCUUGGGUGUGUGUGUUAUUGAUGGUGUUAGGGUUGGCCUCAGCUCAGCUAACUUCAAAUUUCUACGACACUUCAUGCCCCAAAGCUCUCUCCAUCAUUAGAUCUGCAGUGCUCAGUGCAGUUUACAAAGAGCAUCGCAUGGGCGCUUCCUUGCUUCGUCUCCAUUUCCAUGACUGCUUUGUUAAUGGAUGUGAUGCAUCUGUUCUGUUAGAUGAUACAUCAAGCUUCACAGGCGAGAAGACAGCAGCCGCUAAUACAAAUUCUCUGAGAGGUUUUGAAGUGAUCGACGACAUAAAAUCUAAGUUGGAGGCUGCUUGUCCAGGAGUUGUUUCUUGUGCCGAUAUUCUAGCUGUUGCAGCUCGUGAUUCUGUUUUCUCCUUGGGUGGGCCAUCAUGGACAGUAGAGUUAGGCAGAAGAGACUCAACCACAGCAAGCAAAGACGCAGCCACUCAGGACAUCCCAUCUCCAUUAAUGGAUCUGGGGGAUCUGAUUAAAGCUUUUUCCAAGAAGGGUUUUACAGCCAAGGAAAUGGUGACCCUCUCAGGAGGUCACACGACAGGACAAGCCAGAUGCCAGUUAUUCCGAGGUCGGAUAUACAACGAAACCACCAUUGACACAGACUUUGCAACGUCAGUGAAAUCAAAGUGUCCUAGCCUUGGCAACGACGACAGCCUGUCUCCACUUGAUGUGACCAGCAAUGUUUUGUUCGACAACGCUUAUUACAAGAACCUCGUCAAAAACAAAGGCCUUCUUCAUUCGGAUCAACAGCUCUUCAGUGGUGGCUCCACCGAUUCUCAGGUCACAACCUACAGCAACAACCCCGCAGCUUUCUUCCAAGACUUUGCUAGUGCCAUGGUCAAGAUGGGAAACCUUAGCCCUUUGACUGGUUCUAGUGGUCAGAUUCGCACUGAUUGCCGCAAGGUUAACUGAUCGAUGAUGAUUCAUCGUCUUUAGCAAAAACAUGCUCUGUUUAAUUUAAUUUGUCAUAUGCUUGGUAUAUGUACUAUUUAGUAAUUUCAUGUUUAAUUCCUGGUGGUUCCCAAUAUGUAUUAUAUGGAUCUAGUUAUAAGUAAUUAAUGAUCGAGUAAUGUGUUAUCACGCAUACCAUUUCUCUCAAAACUGAGAUGGAUAUGCAUGCUGGUUUGGUUUGAAUCGAAUUUUAGUGAUGAUUUGUUUCC